AUGUCGCUGCUGCAAAGCUCCAAGAAGAAGGACAAGCGCAUUUUGUCUGGUACCUGCCCAGAUCCGAAAUGCCAGGCGAGGCUGUUCUUCCCUGCUUAUGGCUCCAUUAGCAUCGAGUGCACCGAGUGUGGGCAACGCCACGAACAGAAGAACCUUCUGAACGUCGAGGAGGUGACCGAUCCGGAUGUGGUGCUUCACAACCUGCUGAGGAACGCCCUGCUCGGCGUCACCGGAGCCCCGAAGAAAGGAACCGAGCUGGUGAAGGUGAUGGGGCUCUCCAACUACCACUGCAAGCUCCUGUCUCCGGUUCUGACCAGGUACGGCAUGGAUAAACAAACCGGCAAAGCCAAGCUGUUGAGGGAAAUGAACCAAGGUGAGAUCUUUGACUGCUCGCUGCUGGGUGACCGGGCUUUCCUGAUUGAGCCGGACCACGUUUCCACGGUGGGAUAUGGGAAGGACAGGUCAGGCAGCCUCAUCUACCUCCACGACACCCUGGAGGAGAUCAAGAAAGCCAACGGCAACAGAGAAUGCCUCAUCCCCGUUCACGUGGACGGAGACGGACACUGCCUGGUGCACGCCGUGUCCAGGGCGCUGGUGGGCCGGGAAUUGUUCUGGCAUGCGCUGAGGGAAAACCUGAAACAAAACUUCAAACAAAACCUGGACCGCUACAAGGCCCUGUUCCAGGAUUUUAUCGACGCUGCCGAAUGGGAGGACAUAAUCAACGAAUGUGACCCGCUGUUCAUCCCGCCCGAAGGCGUCCCGCUAGGACUGCGAAACAUCCACAUAUUUGGCCUGGCCAACGUGCUGCACCGGCCCAUAAUCCUCCUGGAUUCCCUGAGUGGGAUGAGGAGCUCGGGAGAUUAUUCGGCCACCUUCCUGCCGGGGCUGGUGCCAGAGGAGCAGUGCAAGGGGAAAGAUGGGAAGCUGAACAAGCCCAUCUGCAUCGCCUGGAGCAGCUCGGGACGCAACCACUACAUCCCCCUGGUGGGAAUCAAGAACACGGUGCUGCCCAAGCUGGCUGCUCGCCUCCUCCCAAAGGCCUGGGGAGUCCCUCAGGAGCUCAUCAGGAAGUACAUCAAGCUGGAGACGGACGGGAGCUGCGUGAUCGGCGGAGACCGCAGCCUGCAGGACAAGUACCUGAUGAGACUGGUCAACGCCAUGGAGGAGGUCUUCAUGGAGAAGCACGGCAUCCACCCCUCGCUGGUGGCCGACAUGCACCAGUACGUCUACAGGCGGACCGGGGUGAUCGGCGUCCAGCCUGAGGAGGUGACCGAGGCCACCAAGAAGUCCGUGAUGGAGAACCGGCUGCACCGCUGCCUGAUCUGUGGCGCCCUCUCCGAGCUCCACGUGCCACCAGAGUGGCUGGCACCUGGCGGCAAGCUCUACAACCUAGCCAAGUCGACACAUGGCCAGCUGCGUCCAGACAAGAACUACAGCUUCCCGCUCAACAAUGUGGUCUGCUCCUACGACCCUCAGAGAGACGUCCUCGUCCCUGACUACAAGCUGAGCUCCCUCAACACUUGCAACUGGUGCCAUGGCACCUCGGUCCGCCACGUCCGCGGAGAUGGGUCGGUGGUGUACCUGGACGGAGACAGAACCAACACCCGCUCCCAGGGAGGGAAAUGCGGAUGCGGCUUCAAGCAUUUCUGGGAAGGGAAGGAAUAUGACAACCUUCCUGAGGCGUUUCCCAUCACCCUGGAGUGGGGGGGGCGAGUGGUUCGGGAGACGGUGUACUGGUUCCAGUACGAGACAGACGCCGCUUUAAAUAGCAACGUCUAUGAUGUGGCCAUGAAGCUGGUCACCAAGCACUUCCCAGGCGAGUUCGGCAGUGAGAUCCUGGUGCAGAAGGUGGUCAACACCAUCCUGCAUCAUACUGCCAAGAAGAACCCAGACGAGUACAACCCCGUGUCCAUUGACGGCGCCCACGCCCAGAGGCUCACCGAUGCCACGGAAAGUCCGCAGGCCGCGGACCCGCAGCCACCCACAAAGAUUAUCUUGACGGGUCAGAAAGCGAAGACGCUUCACAAAGAGGAGCUGACCAUGAGCAGAACGGAGCGCAGCCUCCAGCAGAGCAUCAGCGAGCAGGCCUUUGUCAGCCAGAAGCGACGGACCGACAGGCUGAAGCAGGAGCAGAGGGGACAUGGUCGGACGUCUUCCCCCGGUGGCUCCCCAGAAACCUCUUCCUCCUCUGCUCCAGCCACGCCCACCAAAUCCGCCUCCUCGCCGUCGUCCUAUAAGGAGAAGAAGAUCCGCGUCACAACCAGCGAUGGCCGGCAGGCCAUGCUGACCCUGCAGGCUCAGACCACCUUCUCCGAGCUGCAGAGGAGCAUUGCCAACCAGUUCGCCGUGCCGCCGGCCCAGCAGUGCAUCCGCUACGGCUUCCCGCCCAAAGAGCUCGUCCCCCCGAAGGACGGCGAGGAGAACGAGCCGGUGGCCCUGCAGCACGGCGACAGGGUGACGGUGGAGAUCCUGCGGGGUUCAGAGGACAAGAGCCCGGCCUCCAUACCCCGCGCCUCCAGCUCCCACUCGUCCCUGCACUCGGUGAAGAGCGAGGAUGCCGUCACAUCUGGCAGGAUGAGCAGCCGGGAGCUCCAGGACAGCAUCGACCUUGAGAUGUCCUCCCUCUGUCUCCUAGCAACCUUGAUGGGUGAGGACGUGUGGUCCUACGCCAAGAAGCUGCCCCACCUGUUCCAGCAGGGCGGCGUCUUCUACAACAUCGUCAAGAAGGACAUGGGUCUGAUGGACGGGAAGCACUGCACGCUGCCUCACCUGACGGGGAAGACGUUUGUGUACAACGCGGCGGAGCAGCGGCUGGAGCUGUGCGUGGACGCCGCCGGCCACUUCCCGGUGGGGCCGGACGUGGAGGAGCUGGUGAAGGAGGCGCUGGUGCAGCUGCGCUCGGAGGCCAGCAGGGGGAGCCGCGAGGGCAGCCCGUCGCACGGCGUGCUGCGGCUGGGCAGCGGCGGCGUCGUCCGCAAGAAGGAGCAGCUUCAGAACGUCACCGCCUUCCAGGGAAAAGGCCACUCCCUGGGCAGCGCCGGAGGCUCCUCCCCCCCCGAGCACCGGCCAAUCACCCGCCAGCACAGCAGCGGCGUGGACCUGAGCGCCAGCGUGUCCCGAGGCCCCCCCGACCUGUCGGACAUCCCCGAGGACGCCACCAGGGAGCUGGUGCGCAUGGCGCCGGGCUUCGUGACCACGAAGGACGGGCGCAGCCUGGACCCCGGCCUGAUGGAGCAGCAGAGGAGGAAGCUGCAGGAGAUGGUCUCCUCCAUCCAGGCCUCCAUGGAGCGCCACCUGCGGGAGCAGCAGAGCAUGGCGGCCGGAGGGGGCGGGGCCAACAGGGAGCGGACAGGUGGGGCUAAGGCGGGCGCGACCCAGCCCUCCCCUGCCGCCGGCCGCCGGGAGCCGGCGCCUGCGGACGCGGCGCUCGGCGGCAAAGCGGACGGGAAGGCGGCGAGCUCGGAGGAGCCGGAGGAGAUGGAGAGCCAGGACGCCGAGCAGAGCGGCGCCGCCGAGCCCAUGGAUCACUCCUGAUGGGCGGGUUUCUUCUGGCUCGCCGCCGCCGGCACCUCCGGGCGACGCCUCGGGCGGGAUCCAACAGCUUCGGUCUUCAUUGUGUUUCGUUGUCUUCGCUGCAUGACUCAAGAGAAGGUGGAGCCUCGUCUCGCCGCCACAGAACCACGAGAGCCGAGGAGCCGCCGCUCGCCUCGCGUCAAACGCAUUCCUGUAGAUAGAAGAAUCCUCCGAGUCUUAAGGCCGAGCGGGAGCAGAGGCCCCGCCCCCACGCCGGCACCGUAACGUCCCGCUUCCAUCGCGCACGCUCCGACGUGCACGUGUCGCCUUCAUCACAUGACCCGCUCUCCCGCCGCCCCGCCGGGCUGCAGGGCCGCCGCCGGCUCCCUGUUUGUUUCUCUGACCUUUGACCCUGCAGCCUGCUCUUCUUUUUCUUUUUUCUUGGAAGAAGAAGCGUCGUGACACUCGCCGCCUCUCACAGAUUUCAACUUCCUGUUUUGCUGUUGGUUUGGUUUGAAAAAUCACUUCAGAUGUUACUAAAAAUGUAAUUCAUGAGAAUGCCAUUAAGAGCCUGUAGCCAAUGGAAAAGAGAAUGCUCUUGUUUCAGUGUUGAGAUGAAUCUGUUCACGCUGCUUUUCUUGUUCAUAUGGUUCAGUAGUUGCUUUAUGCUUGAAACGUCCCAUAAAUACUAGAAUAUGGCCAAAGAUAAAAGAAGUUUGAAACUCGUGAACCCAUGGAUGGGCUUUUAUUUACUUCUCUGAACAAAACCCCUUUAUUUCAUUUCAAAAAUAUUUUAAGAAAUGCUACUUUGGCUCACGAGGAUGCAGUUUUUAUAUUGGAGAAGCCACAUUGUUAUUCCAGCGAUAUAAAUAAUGAUAAUAAUAAAAAAGAAAAUUCUUAUAAAAUUAAAAUAUUCACCACACUUUUCUUUCAUUUUUUUCUUGCUUUUGUCAUGUAAUUUUUUUUUCUUUUUUUUUUUUUUUUUUUUAACUUUUUGGUAACGGCAAGAUGUUUUCCAACAACAGAUGUAAUCUUCAAAGGCCAAAGUAAAACCUUUUAAAAAUAUUUUUGAAAAUAGGUGAAAUGUCACCGGUCGAGCUGUUCAGUCGCCCGGGGCCUGAACGGGGCCUCUCCACUUCCUGUCCUAUGCAAAAAAAAAAAAAAAAAAAAAAAAUCUCCACUGAACUUCCACAAAUUAGUUUCCAGGUUGACCACUGGGGGGCGCUGCAGCCGAGGAGCCUGUCGCAGUAAUGUGACCCAGACCGGGGAAGACAUUGACUCUUCGUCUCUUCUUCAUUUUGUUGAGUCGACUCGUGGCGGUGGCGGUGGCGGCGGCGGCGGCGGCUGUCUGCAGGUUAACCCUUUGAAUCCUGGAUGGACGGCAGAUUUGUUUUUGAAAUGUUUGUCGUUUUCUUACGACCUCGUACUGAUUUUUUUUUUUGCAAAUUCUCGGGUCAUUUCUCGCCAAGUCGCUUGUUGUGUUUUUUUCCUCAUGUUUCUGAGAGAAAUGCAGCCAAUCUGCUCAGGGCUCAGAGGGUUAAAGUGGUAGCUGUGGCGUCUUCUCCUCCGUACGAGAACCAGAUCCUGCAGGUUGGCCCCGUCGGCGCCCCCCUGUGGAGAGAGCGAGCGCUGCACCGCCGCUGCUCCUCUCUGUUCCGAGCUGGAAAAUGUUUAGAAGGAGGAGCAGCAACACGUUUGUUUGGGCGUCAGCGUCCAGGCUCUGUCGCAGCGCUGCGGCCGCCACACUGCAGGAACUACUUUCUCUCUGCACCCCGUCAGCGCCCCCUGGGGUACGGGGGGUGUAUUACACUCGUAUGGAGGAGAAAAUAACACAACUGUCACUUUAAAGGCACUUUUAAAUGACAAAACUGAGAAGUAGAAGCUGGAGGCGGUUCACACCUCUGUUGCCGACACAAGAUGAUCCCAGCCAUUGCUCUUGAAGCGCCGCCGCCGCCGCCGUCAGCGUUUCGGCCUUAAAGUCGCUCAGUUGGACCCGCAGGCCCCUCAGCGUUCACCUUCAGUCCCCUCGCUUCACUUUAACUCCUUUAGUUUUUUUUUCUCGGCCUGACUUCUGAAUGAAUUUUCUUUAUUUUUUAUUUUUUUUAUUUUAUUUUUUUUUUUUUUUGGCAACAACAACCCCCCGGUUCUGUUCGCAGCGUCUCAAAAUGUGAAUUACUGUUUUCUUCUUCUUCUCCUUCUUCAGCUUCUAAGGUUGAUUUCUGCGUUUGAGUGAACAAAACCUGAGACCUAGCACUUUGAGAAAGAGGGAAUGUUAGCGUGUGGGCUCGUCCUGCUGUCGGCCCACGCCGCGACCACACGCCUGAACUCAGUUUCCUGUGUGACUGCUGUACUAACGCCAUGUAUUGUAAUCCAGUUGUAUAAUAGUAUAUACUGUAGUAUACUUUGACCUGUACAGAAACACAGAUUGUUCAGUUCCUGCAUUUUUUUUUUUCGUUAACUUUUCUCUCGUUUGCUAAUAAAAUAUUGAUGACACCACGGCUUCAACAUCGCUGUUUGCAUGUGUGACGGAUUUUCAACCCAACAAUAAAAGGACUUCCUUCA